AUGGAAAUUGUACCGACUUUUAAAGGAUAUAUCGAAGAUGAAAUUGAUGCUUUGUUACUUAUUCAAGCCACCUUACAAGGUUUAUUAAACCAUAUUCCGAGAAGACCUUAUGAAAUUGAAAGACCAAAAUUAAUUGUAUCAGGAAAUGUUUUCAUUUUUAUUGAAGAAAUUUCUGGCAUUAAAAGAUGGACUGAUGGAAUAUCAUGGUCGCCUUCGAGAAUUUUAGGUAAAUUCCUUAUUUAUAGGGAAUUAAAUAAAGUUGCUAAAAAUAAGCCAAUGUCAAUGUCUUCUUCUUCUUCCUCGACUAAUAGUAAUACUACAAAUGACAGCAUUAAUAAUACAAUGUCAAGAAAAUCUUCUAAAGAUGAUAUACAUAGCGAAGAUGAAUAUGUCACUUCAAAAAGUGAAUUCUUAUAUAAAUAUACAGGAUUUGUUAAAAAAACGAUCUCUGUAAAACUUUACAAUUCAAGUUUAUUAAAUUCAGAACAUACCAUCCAUAUUGUAUCAUAUUACUUAAAUGAUGACAUAAAGAAUGGUAGAUUGCUUUCUGUCAAAGAAUCACCAAUGUUUAAAUCAAUUAAACCUUCAAAUGAAUUAAUUCAAGCAAUGGAAGCAACGACAUUGGGUAAUGGUAAGUUAUCCCUAUCAAAAAGCGAUUUAAAUAAGUCAUUUAGUGAUCAGGCUUCGAUCUACUCUGCAUCUUCUUCUUCUUCAUUAAUGAAUCAAUAUGGAAACUCGAAUUCUGCAUUUAAUAGCUAUUCUGAGAUGACUUCAAUUCACUCACUGAGUAUGAAUAACUCUCAUCUUAACAAUACUCAUCAGCAUAAGCAUAAUAGUCAUAAUCAUAGCACUAUUCAUAAUCAAAAUCCAUCAUACAAUGGUACUAUUCAUAAUAAUCCAAACGUGCCUAGUCCGAACAAUAAUCGUAUCAACACAAAUACCAUGGAAUAUAAAAAUUUUGCAUAUAAUACUAAUGAUUUUAAUAAAAAAACUGAUAUGGGUGCGAAUAUAGUGGCCAACAAUAACUCACAAUAUUAUAAUUCAAAUUACUCUUCUACUGAAUUGUAUAGAAUACCGAGUGCCAUUUCGAAUCCCUCGCCAAUGAGCGUAAGAGGCGGUAGCUUAAAUGAAGAUUUAGGCCAGGUGACAUUAAACAAUGAACAUAAUCAAGGUUAUGCAACUGGCCGCUAUAUGUAUUAUAAUAAUAACGAAGUUGGAAGCGCCAAUUACUCACAACAACAUUUGCCACAUUUGCCAAAUCUCCUUUCGGUUAAUUCUUCAACAAUUAGACCUACUAACUCGAAUCAUAAUAUUCCAUAUCUUACAAACAUGGUUCAGCCACGCCAAUCUUCAACAUUUUUGAAUAACUCUCAGUAUUAUCAAAAUAAUCCUUCAUUCAAUAAUAAUGCUGAGAGUAAUAGCUUGGCGCAGCAAUAUCAAGGAUAUCAAAAUUAUGGAAACGGCGCAAUUGAGCAUGUUGGCACCGCCAAUGUAAAUAACAGAAACAUCAUUGGUUAUGCAACUUUAGAUCAACAGCAGCAACAGCAACAGCAACAGCAACAGCAGCAACAGCAACAGCAACAGCAGCAACAGCAACAAUUAUUAUUACCUAAUAUUUCAUCACAUACUGAUGAUCACAAUUAUCAUUUAUCAAUGAAAUAUUCGCAUAUGAAUAAUUUACCCCAAAAUAGAUUUCGGAGUAAUGAAAUUGAAACAGUUGGUCAAGCUGCAUAUCCUCAUCAAAUUGAUGAACAUCCACCUCACUGUGCAUGUCAAAAUUGUAUAGAAAACGAAAAAGUGAAUGCCAAGGCAAGAAAUAGUGGUUACAGAAUAAAUCAAAAUGUGAUUGAACAACCAUCUCAGUUAUCAAAUAUACCACAUGGAUUUCAACAACCGGCUAGUUUUAAUAAUCAGAUUCCUUCUAUUAAAUAUAGCGGAAAUUCACAUUUUUUAGGGAAUAGUAAGGAAGAAAGUGGAGGACACCAUUAUCCUUAUAUGCCACCGAUUCAUUCAGGGCCACAACAUAGUACUUCCACAUUAAGCAGUGGUCAAUAUCAAUCUACAGAUAGGAAUAAUCAUAUUAUGAGUAACGACAGUCCUGUAAUUAAAGAAGAACCAAGGUAUAGGGACUUGUCUAAUAAUAUGAACUAG